AUGUCGCAGGUAUGCGAGGACUCCACCUUUCUCAGCAGCAGCAAGCCAGUGCAGCGCAGUAGCGUCGUGGUCGAGGCGGAAUCGACGUGCUGGCCGGCUGCUGGCUGGCUGGGCAGGACUGCUACGACCGCUGCCCGGUCUGCUGCACGCUGCCUGCCAGUAGAACUAGAGUUCCGUGACGGUCUCGCGGUCGGCCAGCGGAUCAGGGAAGGGACAGGAGCCUCACUCACCUCAGCAGAGUUUCACGUGCGCGAGCGUCGCAGCACAGGACAGGACAGGACAGCGCAGCACAGCACAGCACAGCCGAUGCAGGAGCGUGUCUUGGGCGUAGGCGGACGGGAUGCCGCUGGCUGCAGCGUGGUGAUCAGAGUGUCGUGUGAGGGCAAAGGCUCUUUGGCUGGCCGCGAAUCAGGCGGCGUCGGGGUGUGCAAAUCCGAGGGGGCGUCGCAGCGAGGGAAGUCGCUGCUCGCACGCACAGCAGGUACUACGGAGUACUCCAUCAGUGCGGUCGCCUCAUGA